UCUAACCUUACGUCCCUAAUGCCACUGGUAAAAAAAAAAAGAUACUGAAUUAAACUGUAUUUAUUGGACAGCAGGUUCUAACACUAACUUGUCUUGAGCCGUUAUUUACAAACUGUUACAGUUACUAGGUAACGUGACGUCAGAGAACUUGGUAAUUCAAGUUAAAUCUUAUUGGUCAAAAUGUGAGACACACACAAAAAAAAAAUGUAUAGUUCUCCAGAUUACUUCCAUGUUAGAUAAUCAGUUGACGUUCCUCGUUAAAGAUGAGACGUGUGUUUACAGUAAGUCCGGCACCGUCAUUGACAACUGAAAUAGAUGAUCAAAACCACAGAAACAAGAAAAAUCUGACAGAGGAUCUUUUCGCUUUGAAUGGUCUUAGGCAGAUUCUGGGGUUUCAGCCUCCUUCUUUGGACAGCACCACUGAAAAGGUUCCUACAAGAUUUCGCUGGUGUAGAGCUCUUGUGUUGGUGCUCUUACACCUUGCGUUAGCUCGAACCAUCUUAGCAACCGGUUACCAAUGGUUUGCUGGAAGUACCUCCAAAAUCUCAAGAAAUACUCAGAAUGAUUUUUUGACAUCUCUUGUAGCUACCAUCACAGCAGAUAUCCUGGUUCGUCGACAAAAACCUCUAGAUGAAUUUAUAAAUUUUCUCAACCAAUCCAUCGCUCCAGCUCUGGACGUUCCUCAAAAGGUUUUGAUUACAAAAAAAUUAAGAUAUAUUACCAUCAUGUGCAAAGCCUCAAUUUUGAUCUCCGUUAUCGGUGCAUGUGUGAUCAGUAUUUUGCUUGUUCCUUUGAAAACAUCUUUAUCAGAAAGCUUUUUUGGGAUGAAAGUUAUGCCAGUCCCAUCGUUUCUUCUUUACACCCUUGUGUGUAUCGAUUAUUCUCUAGACAUCUUCGUAAAGUGGGGAGUGAUGUCUGGUACAGUAGCGCUUUACAUUUCUUUCUGCACUAUCCUCAAAACGGCGGUUGACUCCUGGAACCAGAAAGCACGCGACGUAGGAGAAUCAGUUCAACGUGGUGUCAGGAGCUUGAAUUACCUAAAAACUUUGAAGAUUUUGAGGAGAGACCACUGUAAUUUUGAAAACGCGGUUUCUCAGCUGGAUUCCAUAUUUUCUCCACACGUGUUCGUAUGGGUUUCGCAUUUUGUUAUCGCAUCUCUUGUACAAAUGACCAUUUGUCUUGUUUACACUAUCAGUAACGACGCUAUAAUCCAGUUACUUCUCGAAUCCUUCAUUCUCGACGCAUUUCCAACCAUAUUUUUCCUUUCUAUAACCUUCUAUGCUGCUGGGCUUUCUGGGGCUUCAGGAGAAUCAUUUCAACACAUUCGGGCAAUGGUAAAUGAAGAAAAUAACUGCACGGAUGAUAUAAAUAAAGAUCUUGAAAUCCAUUCUUUGUUCCUAGAUCUGAUGGCAAGUAAAAUGAAUUUGACUGCCUGGAACUUCUUUUCAUUGGACAAACCUCUUUUAUUGAGCGUAGGUGGAGCACUUUUCACUUAUGGUGUCGUCGUUGCACAGUUAAAUCCAGUGUAAUAUAAUGUUUAGAUCAGCGGGUUGAUCCACAACAAAAACGUUUGAAUGUACAUAAUUUAGAAUCUGAAAAGUACGGUGUUACUUAUUUUGUUGUUUUAGCACGUUAAACGCUAUGUUUUAUUUAGCAAAAGCCAUGAGAAAUACACAAUUAACUGAUUCGUAAGUAUACAAUAUUGACUAACCAAUACUAUGACGUAGAGCAGUGCUUUAAUAGUUCCUUCCAAUUUUGAUGUUAGAAAGGCAAACACAGUUUAAUUAAUAUGUGAUGUAACCAAAUUAUAGGGUACUGCAAGAAAACACUGUUCACUGAUGCACGUGUUAUUUCAACUUCAAAAGAAAAUACUGCACAAUAGAUUGUUUAUCCAACAUGAUAUCUAUUUUACACAAAUAUAAGAAAAUGGUUACGCUAAUCACAGACUUAUAAGUUGCCUCCAGCAUAAUAUUAAAGCUUUGGACAAAUUUACGAUCAAUUUUUUAAAACGCAUCAAUUAAACUAUUCAAAUAUAAAUACCUAUUAUUUCUUAAGUAUUAUUUUGAGUGAAAUAUAUUCAAAUUUAAAAUAAAUACAAAGAGUGGAGUAACUUUGGUUGCAAAUGGGAGACAGGUUUUAUAGCUGGGCUAUGCAUGAAGAUGAGGUAUCAAAAUAACAAAAAGUAUGCUAGUCUUGAACAAAUUAAGGAGACAUGUCCCCUGUGAAAAAAAUAUAAGCAUUGAAAUCGAGUAUUCCGAUAUUGAUAUCACCUGAUAAAUUCUUUGUUAAAUGUAGAUGUAGUGUUUUAGCUUUGAUUUUAUACGAUGUUUUAAAAUGUCAGUGAACUUUAUGAUAUGUUAAAACAGAUGUAUAUUUUUUUUGGUCACAGUAAAUUAUAACCAUUUAUUUAACGAAUGUAGCUCAGCUAGAAUUAUUUCUAUUAUAAUAUAUCCACAAAUUUCGUAGAGUGUAUAAUAGUCUACUAGAAUUAUUCCCACUAUAAGAUGUCCACACAUUUUGUAGUUUCUAAUGUAUACUAAAAUUAUUCGCACUAUAACAUAUCCACAAAUUUUGUAGUUUAUAAUAGUCUACUUGAAUUAUCCCUACUAUAACCUGUCCACAAAUUUUGUAAUGUAUAAUAGUCUACUUGAAUUAUCCCUACUAUAACCUGUCCACAAAUUUUGUAGUUUAUAAUAGUCUACUAGAAUUAUUCCCACUAUAACCAAUCCACAAAUUUUGUAGAUUAUAAUAGUCUACUUGAAUUAUCCCUACUAUAACCUGUCCACAAAUUUUGUAAUGUAUAAUAGUCUACUUGAAUUAUUCCCUCUAUAACCUGUCCACAAAUUUUGUAAUGUAUAAUAGUCUACUUGAAUUAUCCCUACUAUAACCUGUCCACAAAUUUUGUAAUGUAUAAUAGUCUACUUGAAUUAUUCCCUCUAUAACCUGUCCACAAAUUUUGUAAUGUAUAAUAUAUAUUAAAAUUAUUCCCACU